AUGGAUCCAAACAAUCUUCCUAGCAAGUCCUCUAGCUACGUAGGACUGCUUCACAGUCAACAAGGUAGCGUGUUCCAUGAAAACUUUUCUUAUGAAAGUUUUCAUUCUAGUGUUAACUUCGGAGAAUCACAGCCUUUUCCGGCUUUCAGCUCACAACAAUCUCAAGAUGCACCAUUAGAGCCACCAGUACAGACACCAGCUGCCCGUGGUGUAAGGCGCAAAUGGAAUCCAGCAGAUGACGAGGUGCUGAUCAGUGCGUGGCUUAACACUUCGAAGGAUGCGAUUGUUGCAAAUGAGCAGAGGUCGGGGGCCUUCUGGAAACGGGUUGCUGCUUAUUAUGCAGCAAGUCCCCAUGGAAGAGAGGAUGGUGGGAGAGAGCAUGUUUGUUGCAAGAAGAGGUGGCACAGAAUUAAUGAAGAUGUUAACAAGUUCUGUGCCGCAUACACGGCAGCAGAGCGACAAAUGAGAAGUGGUGAGAGUGACACUGACGUUCUGAAGAAGGCACAUGACAUUUUCUUCUCUGAUCAAGAGCACAAGGGAUAA